UCUCUCACACACAUCGGAGAGAGGAGUAACACACAGCCGGAGCUCUCAUUCAAACACUCAUUCUUCUUCUUCUUCUUCUUUGGCUGCUGUUCACCUGAGAACACGCGUUUAACUCACCUGCAGUGUCAGCUGCGUGAUGCCGCAGUGAGGUCACCGGAGCCGCGGACAGUCAGCUGCUUUCACCGCCUCCCGGGAGCGGCGGAGAAAGUCUGUUUGUUUGGAUCAUUUUAAUCAGAGGAUUCGAGUGGGAUUCACACCUGGAUUGCUGCUGUUUGAGGACAUCAUGCCUCAGACUCCACCCUUCAGCGGGCAGCUGAACACCAGCAGCUACAACAAGAACCUGUUCCAGAGCAAAGACGAGGGCUUCCCCGGCCUCUAUUACCAUGACAACCACCUGGCGUCCGGCUCCCUGGAGGCCCUCAUUCACCACCUGGUCCCCACCGUGGACUACUAUCCAGAUAGGACGUACAUCUUCACCUUCCUGCUCAGCUCUCGUCUCUUCAUCCACCCGUAUGAGCUCAUGUCCAAAGUGUGUCAGCUGUGCAUGGAGCAGCAGAGACUCAGCGACCCCCAGGCUGACAAGCUGAGAGUCCGGAAGAUCACCCCGAAGAUCCUGCAGCUGCUGGCCGAGUGGACCGAGACGUUCCCCUACGACUUCAGAGACGAGAGGAUGAUGAGGAGUCUGAAGGAGCUGACGCACCGGCUCGCCACCGGAGACGAGGUGUACAGGAAGGCGGUGGGUCAGAUGAGUCAGGGUCUGAUCCGGAGGCUGACGGUGCUCAGUCAGUACGAGGAGGCGCUGGUGAAGAUCAACGCCACGGCGGCGGAGAGACUGUCGGCUCUGAAGGCGAAGCCUCAGGCGACCAUCCAGAGAGACAUGCUGUCCAUCUGCAACGACCCGUUCACCGUCGCCCAGCAGCUCACACACAUAGAACUGGAGAGACUGAGUUACAUCGGGCCUGAAGAAUUCGUCCAGGCCUUCGUCCAGAAAGACCCUCUGGACAACGAUAAGAGCUGCUUCAGCGAUCACAAGAAGGCCAAAAACCUGGAGGCGUACGUGGAGUGGUUCAACCGGCUCAGUUAUCUGGUGGCCACAGAAAUCUGCAUGCCCGUGAAGAAGAAGCAUCGAGCGCGAGUCAUCGAGUUCUUCAUCGACGUGGCGCGCGAGUGCUUCAACAUCGGCAACUUCAACUCCCUCAUGGCCAUCAUCUCCGGCAUGAACAUGAGUCCCGUGUCUCGACUGAAGAAGACCUGGAGCAAAGUGAAGACGGCCAAGUUUGACAUCUUAGAGCAUCAGAUGGAUCCUUCCAGCAACUUCUACAACUACAGGACGUCUCUGAGAGGCGCCACGCAGAGGUCGAUCACCGCCAACAGCAGCAGAGAGAAGAUCGUCAUCCCGUUCUUCAGCCUGCUCAUUAAGGACCUCUACUUCCUGAAUGAGGGCUGCGUCAACCGGCUGCAGAGCGGACACAUCAACUUCCAGAAAUUCUGGGAGCUGGCCAAACAAGUGAGCGAGUUCAUGACGUGGAAGAAGGUGGAGUGUCCGUUUGAGAAAGACCGUAAGAUCCUGCAGUACCUGCUGACGGCGCCGGCCUUCACCGAGGACGCGCUGUAUCUGGCAUCCUAUGACAGCGAAGGUCCUGAGAACAACAUGGAGAAGGACAGAUGGAAGUCUCUGAGAUCCACUCUGCUAAGCAGGGUCUAAACUUCUGCAUCUGAAGAAACCAGAACGAAGACGAACAUGUGCGCCGGGUCGUGCCCCGCCCACGCCGCUGUCGUCCAAGCCAAGUAUCCCCGUGUUGGAGGGAAACGACAAUCUCUUAAAGAGUUCUGGAGGAUCUUUUGUGUCCCUCCAGCUUCAGAUUUCUAUGAAUCUCUGCUUCUCCUCCCGACCCUCCUGCUCUUUGUGUAUUUCAGGACGGCUCUUUUUUUACCUCUUUCUAUGAAUUUGUAGCUUUUUUUUAAAAACCGAAACGCUACAAACCUUCAGAAUAAAAGCGCAGGGUUGCCAAGGUCGGGGUCUAUGUUCCCCUCGCUAUUUUUUUCCACUGAAGCUAAACUGUUAGCCGCUGGUUGGCUAACUGACAGAAACUGUGGCUGGCUCCAUAAACGAGCACUCUUUAUAUGAAGACGUCGAACCUUAACCACAACACUGUUCAUGAUUAAGCUAGCCAUUAUUUCUCGUUUUGUUUCCUUCGAUUUCCCUGAGUGGCGAUCUUGUUUCCGAAGGUUUUGUUUGUUGUGAUGUGUCAGAAAAGAAAAUGCACUGGCUGCAGUUUAAAGAAGACGUUAAAGGUUGUUUUUUUUGUAUGUGUUGUAUAAAGUUUUGUGUUUUUUUAAAGCAGGAAGCAAAACUUAAAAGUGGAUUUCACACUAAAGGCUUCGUUAGUCGUGGUCAUCACACGGCGGCCGUUAAAGUCUGUCGUAACUCUCAGGGUGAGGAGCUAAAAUGCUAUCAUGUCUUAUCGCUACAUCAACCAUUAAAGACUCAUCUUCAACUCAAGACAACAGAAGUUAACGUUUAGAAAACAUCGGGCCGGCUCUUUUUAAUAAAAACUAAAUUCGUAACCCACUUAAUAGUUAGCAUUAGGAAGCAACCUUUUCCAAGCUAACAUAAGCUAACACACGUGAUAGUUGCAAACAUGGCAAUAAGAAAGCUCUAAAUUCCUAGCUUGCAGUAGUGUUAGCUGGCAAUUGGUUGAAUGAAAGUUGUUAAAACAAGCUAUCAGUUGCUAACAAGCUAGCUAAUCAAAUCUGCUUAAAUUAUGAUCUAAGUUUCAAGCUAACAUGCUAUGCUAGGGAUUUAAGCCUCCAAUUUGUUCACUUGGUUCACUUUCAAAGAGUAGGCUAGCUAGAAAGUGGUUGUGUACUAAUAACCUUAAAUAUAUCCGUCUGAUGCUCAGGAUUUCCACUUUUCUCUUUUUGUUAUCUAUUUUGAAGCGAUUAAACGUAGAAACAUUAUUUUGGUUUGUAAAGCUGCAAAACACGAUAAGAACAUUUUAGCUUCCCAGCCUGAUCCUGAGAAGACAAAAUAAACGCUGAAUAAAAAAA